CUCCGCCCUCUCGCUCCCGGAAGUAGAAGGGCCCGGCGUUUCCAUGGCGGCGUCCUGGGGGCAGGUGCUUGCUCUGGUGCUGGUGGCCGCACUGUGGGGUGGCACGCAGCCGCUGCUGAAGCGAGCCUCCUCCGGCCUGGAGCAAGUGCGUGAGCGGACGUGGGCCCGGCAGCUGUUGCAGGAGAUGAAGACUCUCUUCGGGAAUACUGAGGUGCGUCUAGCUCUCUCGGACGAACCCGGUAAUACUGAGUACCUGAUGCCCUUUCUCCUCAAUCAGAAUGGAUCCCUUCUCUACUACUUGACUUUGGCAUCAACAGAUCUGACCUUAGCUGUGCCCAUCUGCAACUCUCUGGCCAUCGUCUUUACACUGAUUGUUGGGAAGGUCCUUGGAGAAGAUAUUGGUGGUAAAGAAGCAGUGGCUGGCAUGGUGCUCACCAUCACUGGGAUCACUGUGUGCAUCACGAGCUCGGUGAUCAAGACCCAGGGCCAACCCUCGCCCUCCUGAGUGGGCCUUCCCCGAUCGUCAGCUCUGCUGUGCUCAGUGGAUGCUGGGCACCAAGGUGUAGGCAGAAUGAUUGGCCAGCUUGCCUCUCUCAUCUCUCAGAUCACAUCUAUCUCAGGGAUCACAAUAAGAAACACACUCUCCAGAGUGCCAAGGCUACACAGAAACCCUGCCUCAAAAAAACAAACAAAGUGCUGGGAGGCAGAGGCAGGCAGAUUUCUGAG